AUGGCCAUUGAUGUGGGCGAACAGCAGUAUGAUCGUGAUACCGCAGUCGCUCAUCAAGUGGCAGUGGCUCAAGGACACGAAUGUCCCUGUUCCACCGCGGGUGAAGUUAGGCAGGAAUUGGCUCUCCGGAGGGUGAGUUUGUUGGAUGAGUUUUGGGCGGAUGUCCAUGCGCUAGCCAAGCUCCCAGUGGAU